AUGAUGGAAGGAUUUGUGAGCGGCAUUAGCCAGCAGCAGGUUAAACUCGUGGCCAUCGGACCUAGUAGCGGGAUGAAGUCAUUUUGUCGCGACCUGACAGCAAAGGGAGUAGAAUUAGUUGAAUCGCCCAUGGAACCAAGAGGGUCAUCUUAUCUUGACGUCCCAGAGAGCAUUGCAGUUGUCGGCAUGGCUGGGAGAUUUCCAGGCGCUGAAACUCUAGAGGAAUUGUGGGAGACAAUACGACUGGGGAAAGACCUCCAUAAACCGGUACCCGCAGAUCGGUUUGAUAUAUCUAAAUACUUGGAUUCAUCAGGGACAAAGAAAAAUUCUACUAAAACCCCUUAUGGGUGUUUUAUCGAGCACCUAGGUCAUUUUGAUGCCGGCCUUUUCCACAUAUCACCACGCGAAGCGAAGCAAAUGGAUCCAACCCAGCGGCUACUUCUUAUGGCAGGGUAUGAAGCCCUUGAGCUUGCAGGUUAUACGAAUGGCCGUGGUGGACGUGUGGGAACAUACUUUGGGCAGACUACAGACGAUUGGAGAGAAGCUAAUGGUGGUCAGGACAUUGACGUUUAUUAUGUACCUGGGGGGAUUCGGGCUUUCGGGCCUGCUCGCCUCAACUAUCACUUCAAAUGGGAUGGGCCGUCCUACAGCGUCGACACAGCCUGCUCAUCCAGCCUCACCUCUAUUGAAUUAGCUUGCAACGCUCUCUUGAGUGGUGAUUGUGACACUGCUGUUGCUGGUGGAGGGAAUGUGUUGACGAGCCCCAAUAUGCUUAUCGGAUUGAGUAAAGGGGGGUUUCUUUCACCUUCUGGCUCUUGUAAAACAUUUGAUGAAGAAGCAGACGGCUACUGUCGCGGAGAGGCCGUUGGGGUGGUUGUUUUGAAGCGUCUACCAGACGCUAUCUCAGACAAUGACAACAUAUUAAGUGUUAUUCGAAGUAUAUCAACAAACCACUCGGCGGAGGCUGCCUCGAUUACCCAACCCCAUGUCCCUACCCAGGAAAGGCUUUACCACGCUGUUCUGGAGCAAGCUUGCGUUGAUCCACAGGCUAUUGAUUAUAUUGAAAUGCAUGGCACUGGAACCCAAACUGGAGACAAAAUGGAGAUGGCUUCAGUGACGAAUGUAUUCGGAAUCAAUCGCACACCGACGGCCCCGUUACAUGUUGGAUCAGUCAAAGCGAAUAUGGGACACUCUGAAGCAGGAGCAGGAAUUACGUCCGUUAUAAAGGCGCUUUUGAUGAUGGAAAAGGGUGUCAUUCCUCCACACGCGGGCAUAAAAACGCGCAUAAACUCCGCAUUUCCCCACCUCGGAGAAAUGAACAUUCAUAUUGCCGAUUCUCCACGGCCGUUUAAGUCCCAUUUCAGUAACAAUGGAGUAAGGCGUAUCUUGAUUAACAACUUCAACGCAGCGGGGGGAAAUACUAGUUUACUAUUAGAAAAUUACCACCCGCGAGCUAGGGAAGGGGCUGAUCCUCGGGCUUAUCAUAACGUUGUUAUAUCUGGUCGGACAAAGCAUUCCUUCAGGGGCAACUUGGACCGGAUGUUAAAUUAUCUAACUGAACACACUAACCUACGGGUAUGUGAUUUAUCAUAUUCAACCACGGCCCGCCGGCUGCAUCACAAACUCAGGGUUGCCUAUUCAGUUGCCAGCGAAGAUGAUCUCAGGAAAAAAUUUUUAGAUAGUCUUGCUAGCCCGGAGGACUCUCACUAUGUGGAUAACAAACCGCCAGUUGUGUUCACCUUUGCCGGCCAGGGAUUCAAAUCUCAGGGUAUUUCACGACAGUUGUUCAAAACUUGUUCCUCGUUCCGCGACAACAUUGUUGAAUUAGACGGAGUUUGCAGAAAGCUAGGUUUGCCGUCAUUCUUGGAUGCCCUCCUAAAUGCCAAUCUCGAUCCGGAGAAUCUACCUCCAGCCCAAACCCAGCUUGCAUUAAUUUCCCUCGAAAUUGCAGUUGCGAAUCUAUGGCGCGCCUGGGGAGUCACACCAGAUGUAGUCAUUGGCCACAGCCUCGGCGAAUACUCUGCUCUAUGUGUUGCUGGAGCCUUAUCGGUCAUGGACACGCUCCUUCUUGUGGGCAAACGAGCACAACUAAUGGAGGAAAUGUGCACUAAGGAUACGCAUGCCAUGUUGGCGGUUUCACUUUCCCGAGAGUCUAUCCAACGGUAUCUUUCCUCUGAUGCGUUUCAGUCAUGCGAAAUUUCUUGUAUCAACACUUUCAAUUCUACCGUUGUUAGUGGGUUGAUAGGUGAGGUUUCUGCAAUGCAAACAUUGCUAUCUUCUGAGAAUAUCAAAGCAACAUAUCUCAAAGUUCCUUAUGCAUUCCAUUCCGCCCAGAUGGAUGGCAUUUUAUCCGAGUUUGGAAAGCUCACCGAAACCAUUCCUUUCGCCAACCCUAAGAUACCCGUUGUUUCCACACUCUUAGCUAAACUCGUGGGAGAAAGCGACACAUUUGACCGUCAGUAUUUAGUUCAACAUGCACGCCAAGCCGUCAAUCUAGUUGGGGCUUUGGAUGCUUUCCAGUCAAGCCACUUCAAUGAGCCUUCUACAGUCUGGGUUGAAUGUGGACCAGGCCAGGGAUGCCUCAAAAUGGUACAUGGAACCAUCAGCACACCGCCUUCAAGAAGAAUAGCUAGCCUCAAUUGUAAUGAAGAUUGCUGGAAGACGUUAACAACUGCGUGUGCUGCAAUUUAUAAUGCUGGUGUUGACAUCCAAUGGUCAGAUGUCCAUAAAGAAAAUGAAUACAAGCUUCAACUCCUGCGGUUGCCAACGUACGCGUUCGAUACCAAGGAUUAUUGGAUAACUUAUGAAGAUCGAACCAACUCUAAGGACGAGGCGGCCCAACCUAUCCAAGCUCCACGGACGAUGCUCUCUAAGACAUGUUUGCAGUGGGUGGAAGAAGAUGCCUGGAACGAGGAUGAGGUAUCCGUAACAUUCGCUGCAGAUCCAAAGGAGGAAAUGCUCUUCGCUGCCAUACGGGGUCACCUGGUUAAUGGUGUCGGCUUAUGCCCAAGCUCAGUUUAUUCUGACAUGGCUUUCACUGCAGCCAUGUAUCUCUUCUCAAGGACCAAGUCCUCAAAUGCAACUCCGCCGAUGGAGCUCAUUGAUAUGGAGAUAUUUCGCCCAUUAAUUGUUAACCCAGAUAGUGAAAAGCUGCUAGUCAGAGUAUACUGCUCUAUGUCACAUGGAGGGAAUUCUGCGAGGAUAUCUGUGGCUUCCCAACAAAGCACUGAAAAACAAGACCAUGCAACCUGCCAGGUAAUAUUUGGCGACAGCAAGCAAUGGGCUAAAGAAUGGGCAAAAAACUCAUACCUCAUCCAUUCCAGGAUGGAGCAGCUUAAGAACCCUGGAAAUGAUACCAUUUGUCGAAUCCCGAGCAAGAUCCUAUAUCGACUAUUUUCAGCCAUCGUGGAAUACGACGAGAAAUACCAUACGCUCAAAGAAGUAUUCCUCGACUGUGACUUUAACGAGGCCUGUGGUGCCUUAAGAUUUUCCUCUGCAAAGCUCCAUGGGCAGUUCACCCACAAUCCAUAUUGGAUAGAUGGCAUCAUCCAUUUUGCUGGCUUUGUCUUAAAUAAUAGUCUGGGGGCAACUAAAGAUUGUGCAUACAUAUCCCAUGGGUGGGAAGGUCUUCGAAUGGCACGCGAACUACUUCCAGACACAGAGUACACGACGUACGUCCGAAUGCAGGAAUGGGAUAGCGGAGUCUUUGCCGGGGACGUUUAUGUGUUUGAUGGUGAAAGUGCAGUAGCAGUAUGCUCUGGUUUGAAAUUCAAGAGAAUGAAGCUCAGCCUACUUCGGCGGCUUCUUCCAAACCCGCAAGCUUCCAGACAACAAAUUCAAGAUACAUCGAAGGUGACACCACCUCGCCCCGAGGCAACGCGCCCAGUGGUGAACCAGAAUAAUAGCAAGGAGGAAAGCCGGAUCACAUUUGGAAAAAGCCCUACGGCAUCCACUCCAUCUUUCCAGAGAAUCCUUGAAAUCAUUGCGCAAGAGAUAUCAGUGAGUGUCAGUGAGCUUACUGAUGAAGUGGAUUUCGAGAGCCUCGGCGUAGAUUCUAUCCUAUCCAUUUCAAUUAUUGGAAAUGUCCAGCAGGCUGCAGGUGUUCAGUUGCCGAGUACGAUAUUUCAAUCCCACGGUACCGUUGCCAGUCUUCGUGCCUAUGUGAACACAACAUCUCCACAGCCAUUGUCAUCACCGUCGCCUCCCUCUUCUCGAGUUGCCAGCAACACAAAUUCAAACUAUGCUCCUACACCAGCAACAGUUGAUUCCAGUAAUGAGAUCGACUUAGCUGACCAGAUAAUCUUGGCAGUGGCGGCUGAAAUGGGUAUGGAUGUAGCUGAACUAGGCUACAAGUCUCGAUUUGAGGAGCUGGGCCUUGAUUCCCUCAUGGCUAUCGCUAUUUUGGCAGCCAUUAAAGACACUACUGGCAACGUGCUUUCAACAGGCCUAUUUGACGACUACCCAACCGUAGGGGACAUAAGAGCCAGAUUUGGGAACCCAGAGAUACCAUUGUCCAAGCCCGGCAGUGAGAAUAUACUGCAAGACUAUUCUCAUAUCGUCCGACUCCUUCAAGGGGAAACUGCCUCCAAUCUACCACCGGCAUUUCUUAUCGCCCCUGGAUCCGGAUACCCUGGAUCAUAUAUCAAUCUUCCCCAGUUCCGGCCUGCACUACCUGUCUAUACCCUUGAGUCCCCAUUUUUGAACACUGACCCUAAUCGUAAGUGGACAAUGGAGUUUGCUGCCUCUAUUUAUAUUAAUGAAAUCCGCAAAAUACGACCCCACGGCCCAUAUAUUAUAGGGGGUUGGUCAAUCGGAGGGAUGCACGGGUAUGAGGUGGCUCGUCAGCUUCUUGAACAGGGCGAAAACGUGAUUGGCCUUAUCAUGAUUGAUAGCCCAUGUCCUAAUGGAAUGCCAGGCAUGCCCGAGCCAUCUGUUGAAGCGAUCGAGCUGACGGGCAUGUAUACUCCAAUCAAACGAGAGGGUAAACCGGAUGCACCAAUGCCCCUGAGCCUCAAGCAACACACCCUUGGCUCACUCCGGGCUAUCCAGAUGUACAGGCCAGUUCCAAUGAAGCCGCACAACAGACCAAAACACGUCUUUAAAAUUUGGGCUACCCAGGGCGAGUAUGACAAAUUUUCAGCCAAAGUCAGCGAAGCGACCGAGAUUCUCUCAGGAUAUGGCGGGAACGUAAAAAAUUACCUGAAAGAUCCAAAUAGACCCAUAGUGAGCACAGAUUGGCGAGUCAAGCCACGCGAUUCAUUUGGGCCUAACGGCUGGGACAGGCUUGUGGGCGACAUGGACUGCUAUGUUGUUGAAGGAGACCAUGAAACGAUAAUGUGUAUACCAGCGAUUUAUGCCACUGGCCAACGAUUACAGGAGGCAUUUGAAAAGAUCCUCAAGUCUGAAGGGGCGUUCGAUGCAUGA